AUGUCCUGGAUGCAGGAAUUCGCAGCAGAUCUUCUCAAUGACUUCAAUAACUGCGAACUUCCUUUGACCAGAGCAUUACUCAUGUGCGACCAGUCUUAUUUUAUCGCCUUGCGAGACGCGGUGCAAGACCUGGCAUCUGGAUUAACUGGGGAGAAACGCAUCACGGAAAUUCAUACUAUCACGGCUGCCUCCUACGAAAAAAUGCGAAACUCUUCAUCCUCUACUGAACUCGCCAUUUGGAGAAGAAUGUAUACCGACUCAUCGAUAGUAAAAGCUCUGAUAGAAGUCGCUAUUUCGGCUUCGGCUCAGGCUAUAUCGACACUGGAUUAUGCCAUUAUCGUGGCGGGUGCCACUGGUGAAGGGCGCCUGGACCUAAUUCAUCGCCUCGUGAAAAAAAUUCAAUUUGCCUUUUGGCCUGGUCCAUGUCAGGCUGUAGCCCCGUCAGGAUCAAUUUCGACGUUGUCCUCGGUUCAUAUUCUGUCAACCGCCAAACAUGCCAUACCAGAAAUCUCAACACCUCCUUCACUUUUAUCUUUUCAGUCAGAAAACUCACGACAUCCAUUUAUUUUACGCAACUAUGCAGAUAAAUGGCCCGCAAUGACAAACCAUCCUUGGCGUUCGUCGCGCUAUCUACGUGCCGUGGCUGGUCCUGGUCGCGUUGUCCCUGUAGAGGUGGGAAAUAAUUAUCUUGCAGACGAUUGGAAGCAAGUAAUAAUGAAAUGGGACGAUUUUUUAUCCUCUCUCGAGCUCGAGGAUCAGCCACUUCCUUGUCGGAGUGACGAGGUUCUUUAUCUGGCCCAGCACGAUCUUUUCAUGCAAUUCCCUACAUUACGAGGGGAUAUCGUUAUCCCAGAUUACGCCUUUGCUUCUUUGUCAUAUACAGACCAUUCCUGCUAUCGGCCUCCAGGCAAUGACGACCAUAUUCUGUUGAAUGCAUGGCUAGGACCCAAGGCAACCGUUUCGCCAGCCCAUACUGACCCUUAUCACAAUCUUUAUGUGCAGCUUGUUGGUCGCAAGACGGUGUGGUUGGCACCACCAAGCGUAUCGCAGCAUAUGUCUCGGCACAGAAACACUGAUCAAGUUAUGGAAGAAAACGCUGCGAAAACAAUGACCAGUAAUACUUCUGAUGCAGAUGUGUUAUCUGACGGAAGUUGUAAAAGCAGUUUCCCAACUUUCUGGUCCCAGGUUGUGCCAACGGCAAUGUCCGCGACAUUGAAACCAGGAGACCUGCUUUUCUUUCCUGCCGGAUGGUGGCACGCAAUGCGUAGCGAAGAUACAAGUUUCUCUAUGUCUAUAUGGUUUUAA